AGAGCCAAAACUGAAAGACCCAGACAAAAACGACGCGAGGAAGAACCAGUCAGAGAUGAAAUUUCUGCUCCGUCACAAUCUUGCAUCGUCACACCAGCACGGUCUCCACACAGUGCAGGAACAAUUCCGGUGUCCACGUCCUCUUUUGUGAGGUUCAGUGGGUACAGCCGAAAGGGAAAGCUCAAAUCUUACCUAAGAAAGAACAACGGUUCUGAACAAAGCGCCGAGCCAGAUCAGAGAGAUCACGAAGCCACUCCGAGUUCCUGUGAAAAGAUUAAGCCAUUGGCUGAAGAUGCAGCGAACGUGUCCCUGAGAAACGACCCCGGAGAACAAGAAUUACUUUUAACCAAGCAGUCAAGAUUGCUACCAGAAGUCCAAAAUUUUUAUGAAACUUUAACCAAUUUUGGGAUCUCAUAUCGCGACAUUGAUAUUUCCUCUUCAGAUAGCAAAGACAUUGGCCCAUCUGUCGGGUGCCUCACUUUUCUUCUGAAGGACAAACGCCAGAAUUAUUUUGUCAUCAUUUCUCACGAGUUCUAUGAGCUCGACUUUGGUAGGCUGAAGUUUGCCUUGAAACCGAGGAAAAAGCUGGAGAAAGUUGACCACGUGGAAGUGAUGACAGCGCUGGGGGUUGACCCACUCCGGCUGACGCCGUUCGCUUACAAGACGGCGCACAGGGACAAAGGUUUCCGUCUGUUCCUGACGCAGAAAAUCUCGUCUCCCAACCUGGUCCUGUGCAUCCAGCACCCGUUCGCUGUUGGACAUCGCAUUGUGAUGACGUCAUCAGAGCUACAGCGGUAUUUCCGACUCGCCGUCGGGGCCGAGAUAGAGAUGGUGGAGGAGAGGCAAUGGCCGACUCGUUUCAACACGAUGUUUUCACAAUUCGAGAAGCUGAUUCAAGAGGGUUACAACCCUUUCAGUAAAAACAGUACUGGGACCCCAAACACUGAAGACAAAACAUUCCAAAAAGACGACUCCUCUGAGCGUGGCAAAGGCCGAGAGAUCGAUGGUUACAAGAGCAAAACUACAGCAAACGCACCAACAACUUCUGUUAGUUCUACGCUUAGACGCUUGGUGUCCAGAUGGUUUUUGCCUUUGCGUUGGUCAUAUCGUAGCCACGAAAACAAAACCCCUGAGGGAUAUACAGAGGCGGAAGGCAGCCCUGUAGACCCAGAGAGAUACGGGUCGUCCUCUUUGAGCAAAUCCCUCAUAGAUACAAAGUCCUCGGUGUCUGAAGAGAACAUGUCUCAGACGAUUGUAAAACCAAAAAGUGGUGGCGAAAGGCCUGGAUCUACAUCUCAAGGAGCGUCAAGAAAUCCGGGGAGACAGGACGCUGCUUCCGGCGUGGGAAGAGAGAAAAACAUUUCCAAAAUGGCGUAUCGGUCCCGCAAGCGUACCCCACGUGACUUGCCUAAGCAGACAAAGGACGCCCCUAGACGUGAGAGGAAUGGCGAAUGCACGAUAAAUACAGAUGUGUCUGUACAGGACAUUCGAGCGCAUUUAAAGAAACUGAAAGUUCAUUUUCAGUUAACAACUCAUGCACAACUACAGGAUUCGGACGAACAAGAAAGGGUAGAAAGAGAGGAGGAGGAGGAGGAGGGGGAGGAGGGGGAGGAGGAAGAGGAGCUGGAGGAGGAGAAGGAGGAAUGCGACGACCACGACGACAACGACAAUGGGAUCAAUAAAGUGUAA